CUGAGCUGCUGGUGCUUUCCCUCCGAGUUUCUCUUCUUAGAAUACCCGAUUCGGAUAGGAAAAUUGUAGGAAUAGGUCGGACCACACGCUAUGCACAAGCACGGAUGGAGGAAGUGAGUGAAAGUGAAGUGAACUCUGGAGAACUGUUACGGGAUUUGCCCCUGGUACCAACACCUAGCCAUGCAUACGCCGAUACAUGUACCUACCCCGUGCUAUAGGUACACACACCAAGUGCAGCAUCAACGACGAUGGAAUAUGCUUUCUUCUCAGUUGGAGAAAAGUGGGAGUGAGAGGCAGAGAGCAGUGAGAGGGUAGAAAGAAAAGGGUUGCUUGCUUUUGCUUAUGACUCCGAUUACGGUUUCCGCAGAUCAAUACGUGGUAAGGGUUCAUAUUAGUCACUCUCUCAUCUCAUUGUGGUUCGUUCGGAUGAGAUUGGCACACACACAAUCGCACACACACUCGUUCGCCCUUAACUGACUUGUCCUGAUUUCGCCUCUCACAUCACGACACGACACUGCGAAAUAGCAAAGUGCAAAGAUAGACAUGUAGUCUGAGAGUUGCGUGUCCAAGCGAGUAAAAAAAAUGUGACUUGUGGGAACGCUUGCAUAAACCGAAUUGAAACAAUUGUUCUCACAUUUUCCGUACCCUUUCUGCUGUGGCGAAUAUUUGAUCACUACUAACUCGUCAUCCGCGACAAGUAUGUGCUAGUAGUAGAGUGCGUAGAAUAAAAUAUGGGAGGACUACGAUAUGGUAACUAGCAUAUAGCGAAGCAAAAUCAUGUGGAUAAAGGGUGAAGAAAAUCGCAAUACUAAGAAAUAAAGCUCAACGGGUAGUUAAUCCGCAUUUAACGCGAACACAACGAAAGUUACAAGGGGAUAAUGAUGGAAGAACAGUUGGUGGUACUGAUGGAUCCUUGGCGCAAUAAGUAUGACAGAUUACUAGAAGCUCAUGAAAAGCUUCAAAAUUUGAAUCAGAAUUUGGAGGAAAAGUUACUCAAGUUGGCUGAAAAUAAUCAUUCAGAGACACAAAGAUUGUCCUACCAAAUUCAUGAGUUAACCCAGCGUCUAGUUGAAGCAAGACUAUAUAUUCACCAACUUGAGGAUGAAAAUGACAGGUAUCGAAGUGAUAUCAACGUGGUUGUCCAAUUACUCCACUGCAAGCCUUCCAAUUUUGUGUCUCCGAAACUGGAUAUUCUUCCAGACGAUCUACAGAAAAAAGUGGCGAGUUUACGAAACGGUUCUAAUUGCAAGAAAGAGAAGAAAAUAAUUAAGGUUCAAGUGCCAACGUUUCCGCCAACGGAUAUUAUGUACUCUGUCGAUAAAGGAAAAGGGAAAAAAGGAGUUGAAAAGGAUAUCGUCUCUGCAGCAAUAAUGGCAAAAAUUUUAGAAGAACGUGAAAAUGAGAGGAAAGAAAAUCAGAAAAAUCGAUGUAAAUGCGCCUCUAAAAUUGUACUUCCUUUAGUGGAUUCAGAAACGCAAACUAACCCAGUGUGCACCAUUUCUUACUCGGACUUUAACUUUUCCGACUUUGAAGAUGAUGACGAAGACGAUGAUGUGCUGGACGAAGAAGAUGACGAUGACGUUAUUUAUGAGAAAAAGCUGCUUGAUCUUCAGAAAUCUCCAUCCAUUAGCAUCUGUUCCAAGUCUACCAGUUCUCAGACACCAGCUGUAAUUACUGUUGACGAUAUAAUGAAGACGACCCAGAAGGAAGAAGAAUUACUCCCUACGCCCUUGUUUCUUUGGAGAAAUAAGGAAAGCUUGAUGAAACACGAGUCGCAAGAUUCUACCUACUCCACGGGUAGUUCUAACUGCAACACAACCACCAACAGCAGCAACAGCAAUAUUAGCCACAGCUCACGUAUUUCUUGCGGAGGUUUUGAGGAAGAUCAAGGACUGUCCUCCGGACGAUCGCAUCCCUCACCAACGUCGACCCCCCUCUCUCAUUCCGUAUCAUCAGCCUCACCUGACAUUCAGAUUGGAGAAAAUCAGUCACACUUUUUUGAUGACUUUGACGCAGACUCGAUAAUCCUUCAAGGGUUAAAUUCUGCUUACCACAAUAUGAAUGCAGGAAGUGUUCGUACAACAAUAAGUCAACAAGCUUUGACCUCUUGCCCCAUAAUUACACCUUCCACAAUUACUACCACGUCUCUUCAAAGAAUUUCCGGUAAUAGUCACAGCCAUCAGCAAACAACUUUCAACGUGGAGAAUCCUGGGAGGAAGGCAGUCCCUAUUCGUCCACAAAGUAUGAAUAUGAACUUCUCCCGUGGUCAGGGAUCAUCAUGGGAGAGUCACUGGAGAUCCACAGUUUUGGUCCAUCCGAGCCACAGUUAUGAGCCACUCGCUCUCACGUCUACGCACAGAAAUACCACGACUUUCUCUUCUGUCAGCGAUGCCAAUAACGAACUUUUAGAUUCCCCUUUGCACGAAGAAAAUCCUUUAAUGCAAACAAUUGCUGCUAGUGGUGGUAGGGACAGGGAUCACACGCACCAAACCGCUCAAUAUUACAGAGAAAGAAAAAAUACAGAGAAAAAGAAAACUUUUUGGAGCCGUUCCGGAUCCACGACUAGUACAGAAACAGAAAUUUGAGACGAAUCAACGAUCGCUGUUAGACUUGAUCAGACAGCGAAUCCUUGUGGAUAUUUUAACAUGCCAUUACGAACGACUCGAAUUUAAAGACAUCCUUCAAAAUAUUUCUUUCAUCUUCCACUGUGACAGUACCACUGCGGCAUGGAAAGAACCGCACACUAACUAGAUGAGGGAAAAUAAAUAAUCUAAAAUGCACAUUUUAUACAUCAAACGAAGCUGCAGCAAUAGAAAAAAUAUAUAACGGAAUAUGCAAUUCUUUUUAGAUGAAAAACAAAUGUCUCAAUUUUGAAGUGUAGGUUAAAUAUUAUCAAGACAUUAUUUAUUAGCUCCCAUGACAGUCGAGUGAAACGCAUGUAUGUGCAUACGUAUGAUGGUAUGCACGUAAAUACUUGUUCACACUUGAGAAACUUUCAUAUGCUCCCAUCUUAAAAUAUGCAACAAAAGUCCAUUUUAAUCAAACGUACUUAGAUUUACAUACAUUCAUAAUAGUUUCGAGUUAAAAAUAGAGCCGAAUUUAUAUAAAUAUAUGUAGUUAUAAACCAAGAAAGUUAGUUGACUGAUUCAGUGAUUCAGAAAAUAUUAUUUUUGGUCUCAAUUAUACAACAAAUGACACUGACUCUCAUAUAACGAUGAUGGUAUUGACUAGGACAGUAUGAAGUAGUCGUUUCAAAAUUCUAAACUAUUUUCUCAUAAAAUGUAAAAAAUACAACAGUAUGCUCAAGACUGAUGGAAAUAACAAUUUUAUAAAUACAAUUCUUUCAAUAGACACAAAUAUUUAAUUUAAAUAAUUAUUGUUUUGUGCCAGGUAUUAUCAUUUACGUUGCAUAAAUUGUAAGAGUAAUCGCUAAUUUACUAUGAGUGCUAUAUGAUACAUAUUGAUGCAGGUAAUACCUUGAAUAAGGAGAUGAUAAAAUGUUAUUAACGUAAGUUCUUGAGCACGCGUAAGUAAAAAUUAUCAAUUUGUCUGCAAUUAUAGCAAAUAUCGUUAAAAUACUAUUGUGUGCCCUAUUUGGUACCUUGCACUUGCCCGUACCUACAUUUUAUAUAUGUGUGUACGUUUAUGCUUCACACGUUAAUUUGCUGAAUUUGAAAAACUGAAACAGCGUCCAUUGGACACUGCCGUUUACAACCGUGCAUCUGCUUUGUUUGUUAGCCGUUAGAUACCGUAAAAACUCAAAUAGUAGCCGUUGCUCUAAUAGUAGCCGUGCUCAAAUAGUAGCCCUGCCCAAAUAGUAGCCCUGCCCAAAUACUAGCCAUAUUCGAAUAUACGCGUCUAUAUUUCCAUACAACCACACUUCUUGACAGUUCAUUAAGACAAUUAAAUAAUAGUUCAAUACAAUCGCAGUUACACGCUAUCGAAGCGAUGAGUCGAUGACAAAACACGAAUUUAGCUCACCGAAGGAAUCAUUGAAUAGCAGGUCGAGCAGAAUAAUAUUCAGUGGACUACGACUCUAAGGGCAAAAUCGGUGUUGUUACUAAAAUUUAAUUUGGGCUUGAUUCAGGAAAUAAAAAUCAUAGUGGUAUGCAAAUAGUAGCCGUGUCCAUCUUCAUAAUUUUAGAAAUAGUGACCUUGCCCAAAUAGUAGCCUUGCUCAAAUAGUAGCCGGGUCCCAGCCACCGAUUUUAUAAAUAGUAGCCCCGGCUACUAUUUGAGUUUUUACGGUAUGUAACUUGUGGAGAGUGGAAACGACAAAACAGAUACCCGGUUGUAAUUGUACGCCGACGGUAUAUGUACGACUAUACAUGUAUUAUGCACAUUUUUAUUUAUACCGCAAUCAACAAUACCUCAGAAAAAAUCAGAAGAAAAGCAAUUAACCUAUUGUAACUAAAUACGAGUAGUCUCCAAUAUUUGUGUUGCCUAGUAUAUGACGUACAUAUGUGUGUACUUUCUGUACAACCAAAUUGUUAGUACUUAAUUGAGUGCAAUAAGUGUGCAGUAGAAGUACACCAUUACAAUUUUGAAAAUGCGAAUACCGAGCUAAAAAAUCUUGAUAAAAUGACAUUUUGGUUGUGUUAAACUAGUGGGAAAAAACAUAUGCAUUGUUAAGAAUUAUGUAAGGAUCUAAGAUAUUAUAAAAUUAUUAACUCAACUCAAGAAAUCCAUGACAUGACAAAUAGUGAGGAAAGGUUGUUGUCAAUUCUUAUUAUUCUCAGAUAAGGAAUUCAACAUUAUGUGAUAAUCUAGGGCAUUGUCAAUCAAUUAGAAAAUUUCAACCAAAAUCAGUGCGGAUUAAAAAAUGUGAACGAUUGCGAUCUUUAAAGUCUUUAAUCAUUCCCGAACGGUUAUGGGGGACGACUUGAGUUAGUUGCCGGAACGGGAAGAACGAAAAAAUCGUGGACUAAUUUUAGAAGAUCGGCUGUGGAAAUUGUUUAAAAGGAAACACGGCAAAUAUUCGACGCAAACCCAUUUUCUUUACAAUUGGCAAAAAAUAAUUUAUUGUCAGUUGGUCAACCUCAAAAUGUGUCUUUGCAAAGUAAUCGGGUAAAUCUCAUGUCAUCAAUGCAAAUAAAUGUCACAAUUUCAUAAAAAGUAAAGAUACUACAGAGUACUAUAUCGACUUUCGUAUCGAAACCAUUUAUUUGUCCAAGAUAUUAAUAUUGGAGAAAGUGCAAGAGUACGAUGACCCGAUAUACUCAAGUACUACAAACUUGAUCAAAGAUUAAGAUUCACAAUGACAGCGUAAAUCAUGUUCAACCCAGAUACUUUUGCUAUCAAUGAGUUUGAUGACCAACUCUUCAUAAACAAUGUUGCGUGGAAUUCAACGACUUAUUGGCACAGCAAGUUAGCGAAAAGUCUCGAAUUUUCAGGUAUAAACUGUGUUACUUAUGGGACAUCAGGUCAGAGCUUCUCACCUCAAUUCUUACACUACUAUCAGUACACAAGGACGCUGACUUUCGUUCAAAGAUGAACAAUGUCAAUAACUCUGAUUUUGGUGGGACCAAUUUUUUGUUGUUGUAAUUAUUGCAUUGUUUCUAAUGCGCGAAUUUGAGAUUGUGGCGAAAUAGUUAAACAAAAAUAUUAGUCGUAACCUUAUUUCUUUGAAUCCUUUAAUUUCUCGAAUAUUGACCAGAGCUAAAAAUUAUCGAGAACAUGUAUUAGAAUUAUUUACUAAUAAUGCUCGAUUUUACUAAAUUCACGUGUGGGUUUUUUAAUUUUUGUCAAAAAAAUAUAGGAAUCAUUUGUAUACCGACUGACGCAAAUAAGUCAUUGAAUUAUGUGCAACAUUUUUUACGAAAAUUGAGUGUAACACACGCCGUGGAUAAAAAAAUAUUACCUAAAAUAUGGUUUAUAAAAUAUUAAACUCAAGCAGAGAAGUCCUACGUUACGUUUGCAUAGUGUAACCCCACAUGUCCAAUUGGUUACAGUUUCAGAAAUGGGCUUUCACAAAAAUAUCCAAAGUCUACACUGUAAACCGUUUCGGAAUGAAAUUAAAGGUCACAAUCUGUUCAUACUUUUGGAGUCCACUCUCAGUAAUACGGGAGUAAUUAUAUGACACGUUUGCAUGAAAGUACUCCAAUAAAUGUUUUACUAUAUAUGUAUUUAGUCUAAUAAAUGACAGAUUUAAUAGCCAAAUUGUUAGCUUAUAUCGGUAGAAUUUAGUUUAAAAUAUUUUUUGGAAAAUAAUUAUUAUGAUGCAAAGCUCGAAUUUUAGGGAACGAAAUAAAGUAUAAAAACUUGGUCCGUCUA